AUGACUACCACUCAAGGGCCAAGUAACACCAAUAAUGGUAAUGUUGGCAAUAAAGAUAAUACAGAAAAUAUUGACAAUAACGGAAGUAAUAGUUCAGCAUAUGAAGAUACAAUCUUAUAUGUUGAUAAAUUUCCUCCUGAAGACGGUAAACAACGUGCUCAAUGUGUUGAAAAACGAAGAGGUGGUAACGCAGGUAAUACAUUAGCUGUGUUAUCUCAAUUUCCUUUGGUGAAUGCUAAUUUUAUGGCAUCAAUGGCUAGUAAGGAAGCAUCUACUUUUAUAAUUCAAGAUUUCGAUGCACAUAAUAUAAAAACUUCAACAUGUAUAUUUAGACCUAAUGCAACUCAUGCCCCGGUAGCAUAUAUCAUUCAGGCUGAAAGUACAAGUUCUAGAACUAUUAUAAAUUACAAUAGUAUUGAUGAAUUGACUUUUGAUGAAUUCAAAAGAAAAUUUGAUACAGUCUGUAAUGAGGAAAUUCCAUUUAAUUGGAUUCAUUUUGAGGGACGUAAUGCAGCUGAAGAAACAAAGAUGAUUGAUUAUAUUGACACUAUGGCUUGGAGAAAAAAUACAAUAAUAAGUGUAGAACUAGAGAAACCUUAUAGGAAAGGAUUAGAAAAUUUGAUGCAAAGAGCUGAUGUACUGUUUUUUUCUAAGGUUUUUGCAGAAGGCAAAGGGUAUGAUCACGCAAGUGAUUUUUUACAAGUGAUGAGUCCAUUCUGUAAAGACACUGCACAUUUAUUUUGUACUUGGGGAAAUUCAGGUGCAAUGUGUUUUUACAAUCCUAUUCAAAAAUUAUAUUCAUCCUCAGCUUUACCUAUACCAAGUGUAGUAGAUUCAGUAGGAGCUGGUGAUACAUUUAUAGCUGGUGCAAUAUAUGGAUUAUCACAAGAAAUGUCACAAGAAGGAUGUUUAAAAUUUGCUUGUGAAUUGGCAGGUAGAAAAUGUGCACAAAUAGGAUUUGAUGGAGUGGUAGAGAAGUUAAAUAAACCAUUUUGA